AAUGAUAUACCCAUGACAGAGGCAGAAGUUGAGGAUGUUUGGGACCAAGCAGGCGAGAACGCCCUAAAUUAUCUUACCACAGCUGGAGAAGAGACAGAUCCAGAUUUUGACUUAGACGAGCCUGAACAGUUUCCCACUGUUAGCAAUGUUAAUGGACCUGAGAAAGUCUUCAGGGACAAGCAUGAAUUUUCUGCUUCAGGAACUCUGAAUGUUUUGUCGCCAGCCACAAUCAGAAAGACAGAUAAGCCAUUUGUCAAGACAAUUAAUGCCCCCUUAUCAGCAAAGGUUAUUAAUUCUAUCGACCAUAUGAACCUUCAAAACCAAAAUAUGAACAAAAACAUGUACAUCCCUGACAAAUCCAGUGGUAUCAACAAUAUAUCUCGUGAAUCAUCUGUAACAAAUGAUUUGAAUUCACUCUGUGGUAAGAGCCUUGUUAAUGACAUGAAUAUAACUGCCAAUGAGACAGGUGCAGUUACAGGUGUAGAAUCCUCUCAGAAUAUAACUUCAGAAUGGGAUGGUUUGGAGAGACAAAUCCUUGCAGAUGGACAAGCCAUCCCAUCGUCACCAGAUUCUGCCAUGCUUCUAUCAACACCCCUUUUCUCUUAUCAAGAUGCUCUUCAGCACUUCAAAAGUAUAGAUCUGAGUAUAUACGAAUCUGAUAUCAUGACUAGUAUUCACCUCACUGGCAUCGCUAAAUUCUUUGCUCAACUUUGUGGGCCACCUCGAUUGAAAUCCCAGCUUAAGGCAGAAAAAACCUUUGUGUUUUGCUUGGCACGUUGCCAAUUUGAUAAUGAUGAUCCAAAAGAUUUCCAACUUCUCAUGACAAUUUACAAAUCUCUCACUGGUACCCAGUUGGAUUGUGCGAGGUUUGGGUCUCAUUGGCAGGACAUAGGUUUCCAAGGAAAUGAUCCUGCUACAGACCUAAGAGGAACUGGUAUGUUAAGUUUGCUCACCAUUCUGUAUUUGGUUCGAGAACAGAAAUCUCUUGCCCAAAAGUUGUAUCAACUCUCUCAAAAUGAGACUCAGAAUUUUCCUUUUUGUGUGUUGUUGAUUAACCUCACUAAAAUUGCUCUCGUUGCGUUGAGAAGUGGUUACCUCAACAAGGAAUGCAAUAAACGCUUAGCAAUACUACCAAUCAUGUGUGAUGUAUUCUCCGCACUAACUUACGAACACUACAAGCUUUGGAAAACAGGUAAAACCAUCAGAGAUUCAGGAUUUGUUUUAAAACGAUUGGAGGAGAAGACAAAGUCUUCAUCACAAUGCACAGAGCUCAUCAGCAACUAUAAGAAAUACUGUAAUGAGAAAGAUGGUGUCUUUGAAAAAGGAGACAUCGUGUUUUUGAAUGUUUGUAAAAAAGAUGGGCAGAAAACUUUAGAUAACUAUGGUAGCACAUCUCAGGAGAAAGGUAAAUUAGUUAGCAAGUACGCGACACGCUGACUAGCUGACGUUGCUUUGCAUAUUUUUAUUCAGUUUGUUUGUUCAUUUUAAAAAUUUGAAAUGUUACAAUAAGAUAGAGAAUGAGGUUUUGAUGAUCAUGCCAUGCUAAGCCCCUAAUUAGAAUGGAGCUUUGUUGGACUGACAACAGGGUAUGUUUGAAUGAAUAUUCAGCACAGUAUGCUCCAUACUAACAUGAAUAUUCAGCACAGUAUGCUCCAUACUAACAUGGUUUUCAGCACAUCUUCUUUUUUUGUUCUCAAAUUGUACAUCUAAAAACCUACAUAUUACACAUAUUACACGUAAUGGUGAUUUUAUUGUUACAAAUUAUUUAAAAAUCGUUUAAAAAGUGUUAAAUAUUUUUCUAUACCUCAAGUUAUAUGAGCCAUGUUAGCUAGAAAACAUUGAAUGAUGCUUAAUCAAUUCGGUGUCAUUUGGGAUAGCGUUAAAUUUACUAGGUUUGUUGAACUACUAGAUAUUCAUCAGAAAAGUAAGAACAAUAUUAUGUGCUUAUUGCCAAUGUAAUUUUUGUUGAAAAUAAUUUGUUUCGUAA